UCCGUAUCUCCGAUGAGAGGAGCUGCAGUUCCUCCUCUCGGCCGCUGGCGGAGACACUGAGCACAUUUUGACCUGCAGUUUAAAAAGAGGAAGAAACUGCCCUGAGCUGUGUUCAUCGCUGCUUCCACGACGGAAAAGCUGUUCAGCCUACUGCCAUCAGGGGAGAGACUCAGAAGACUCAAAAGUGGCAUCAACUAACUGAGGACUCCACUGUGAGACGUAAUGGACCCGGAUGUGUCUGUGCUGCUGCACUGUGAACGCUGGCAGGGGCUGCUGGAGUCUCAAGUACAAGUGGAGCUUUCUGAAAGGUUUAACAGGCAGAAGGAUCCGGCUGUGGAGCGUCACAUCGACGAGCUGUGGACGGAGCGGGUCUCCAGGGAGCCGUGGCUUUUCAACGGGGCCAAAUUCAGGCUUCAUUCUUUCUGCUUUGCUCCUCCAAAACACCCACCGUCCACUCGUUCCUCCCACAUCCCCCUUUUGAACUGUGCAGAGGACCGGGUGGGACAAACUAACAGCCGCUCUGUACUGGAGGACGUCCUUCAACAGACACACGGUAAAUUGUUCCAGGAUUCUUCCGCAUGUUGCUGCACAGACAUUUCACCUGAUAUUCACUCACGCUCCGGGCCUCUCCUGACUCUGAGACUCGGCCUCACUUGCUACAAGGACUAUCUGGGAACUAACUGGUCGAGUCAAGUGGCGGAGCUCCGUCGGCGAGGAGAGGCGGAGUUCAGCGACCCCCUGGCGCUGCUGGCUCAGCCGCUGGGCGUCGGCGCCGUGCUGAGAACAGCCGACGGUCGGGUGGUGCUGAUCAGGAGGAGCCAGAAGGUGGCAGAGGCUGGAGGGCUCCUGGACAUUCCCGGAGGACACCCAGAGCCCAAGGUGGUGUGUGAGCGUCUGGGCCAGGCGGUGUGUGAGGAGAACAUCAGUGUGGAGAUGAUGCAGCAGAAACUGGAGGUCGUCGUCUCAGAGCUGUUCUCCUCCGUGUGUGCAGAGAUCAGAGACGAGGUGGGUUCUCUGAAAACACCUCAACAGACACUUUAG